UACAAAUCGUUUUUUCAAUGGGUGGAUUUUAUAAUAUCAGUCGAUUGUAUCAGAGGGAGGUUAUGGUGUUGUGGAGGUUUCUUACUAUGAUUUAUUUGCAAAAAAGCAAGUGGCCUGGUCCAUCAUUAAAAAGUUUGAACAGACAUAAAAUAUCCUGAAGGUUCAUCAAAUGAUUCCUGAUGUUGAUGUAUUCAUAAGCAACUACACCAUUGUUGAUCCAGACGUUUAUCAAUUGUGGGUUGAUGGUUGUACUUCGGAAGAUGCUGUUGAAAAUGUUCAUAGGCAUGUAAUAAGAUAUGCUGAAAAUACCUUAGAACUUGUGAAAAGUGAUGUAUGCGACCAUUAUAGAACCUAUAACUUACUUGAAAAACUACUGCAUAAUCCUCCAAAGCUCGCUGAACAGUUAAAUUUUCAAAUUGAACCUCUUACUAGGCAGUUGCUAAUCGAAAAGUACUAUGAAUUUGAUGAUAUUGUUAUUAGAGAACUCCUUGGUAGAAAGUUAUCUUCCAGAUAUCGUAAAGAUUUAGAUGAAGUCAGUGAAAAAACAGGAAUUACAUUGAAGUCCUGCAGGAGGCAGUUUGAUAAUGUAAAAAGGAUUUUCAAAGUUGUAGAAGAUCUUCAAGGUUCUGUAAUUCAAAACAUUAAGAAUCUUUUCCUACUUUCAGAAGAUCUUGCUAAGCGCUAUGGCGCUGUGGUAUUUAUGGCUUGCCUUCGCCUUGAAACAGGAAAAAAGAAACUGCAAUAUCUUAGCUUUAAUGAUUUUUAUGAAUGUGCCCUUGCUGUUAUGCACCACUGGACCUAUCCGACGGGAUCUUCAGACCAUGAUGAUAUGGAUUUAGAUAGAGAAUUUCUUCUAGAUUUAAGAGAAAUAAGGUCAUUAUUAGAAAAAGAAAAGGAAUUUAAACAUCUUGUUUGUGCAAAAUUAAAGCCUGAACUUCUGGAUAAAGCAUAUCAAGAAUUAGAGAUCAAUUUUCGAAGUUAUGCUAGAUCAAUUAUAAGUAUUGGAUGUAGUUUGCAUAGAUCGAGAGAAAUAAAAUGUUUGUUCUUGGAUCUGUAUGAAAAAUGUAUAGAGCCAUGGAGACAAAUAUCAUGGACACCACAUGAUCUCACUAUAUUCUUAUCAUCAUUUAAAAACUGUGCUCUUCAGUUAGACUGUUUCAGGGAAUUUGAUACACGUCAUGCCUGGGAACGAUUUAUGACUGUUAUAUCUACAAGUCUCCUCCGAAGCAAGGACUUGGGCCUCGUAAGCUUGGAUCCUAUGUCGAUGGGGAACUUCAGCCUGGGUGCCGCCAAAGGCCCCAUCACCCUCCGCGUUGACCUUUCUGCGGCACAGCUCUCCGGCCAUUCCGCCUUCAAUCUUCAAUCAGUCAAAUAUGAUAGAGAGACGUUCAAAAUGGAAAUGAGAGGGCUGCACAAAGAAAUCGAACUUACAGGCGGAUGCGCUACCAAAGGAAAGCUCUUUAGGGUACCAAUCAACAGUAAGGGCACGCUACUGUUUACACUCAAAAAUAUGGAAGCAACUCAUACCGUUAGGUUCAAGCCAAGGAAAGAAAAGGAUCUGACAUUCAUGGACUUGGAUAUUACAUUUAAAAUAAAUCAUGUUGAUAUGUUCAAGAUGGAUCUCUACAAUCCUCAUUCCACUAGGAUAGCAGGUGCUGCGUUGAACAAACUACUUAAUGACAACUGGAAAGCGAUACUUGCAGCUUUUACACCAUCUAUGGAAGGCGUUGUCCAGCAGAGGUUCACCGAAGCCUUCAGUCCACUCUUCAAGCACUUACCUUACGAAGAAAUACUUCCUCCUUACUAAGUUGAACGAACUUAUUUAUUGUUAGGAAAUACGAUAUAUUUAUAUUGUUUGUCUAUUAUCGUUAUCAACACUGCAGUUGUGAUUUGAUACUUUCGUUUGUUAAAAAAUAAAUUUGUUUUCCUUUUUUUUUAUUUAAUGUUGUC